UCUGCCUGUUUUGUCCAGAUAUUGCAGUUGAAUUGCUUAAUCAUGACUGACAGACAUAUGUAAUUAGCUGGCUGACCUGCUUAUUCACACCUGAGUGUGAUUGGUGCAGCCUUUACAAAAGGAGGUGUGGAUUCUCUACCGCCUCUCUCAGGGGGGUUGCUAAGUUGACAUCAGUAUUUCAAACAGGUUGAAACCAGAAGCCCUGGUCGUGACAAUCAGAUCAUUCAACUUUGAAAGCAGCGUUUCAGUGAAAAGGUUUCCUCAAAGGAGUCAGGUCCGGGUGAAGUACGAUCAUGUUGGAAGAUCUUUUCCAGUCCUCCACUUCCGUCUCCCUAUUGGUGGCCGUUGUGGGCCUGCUGGUCCUCUCCUUUUUAAACACCAACUUCAGCUUCAAAAACAACCAGAGGGAGCCUCCAGGACCUUAUCCGCUUCCCCUGCUUGGUAACUUGCUUCAGUUGGAUCUCAAUAAACUUGACAUAUCCCUCUUUGAUCUGUCCAAAAAAUAUGGACCUGUGUUAACAGUCUACUUUGGACCGAAGAAGGUGGUGGUCCUGGCCGGAUACAGGACAGUCAAACAGGCUUUGGUCAACUAUGCUGAGGAGUUUGGAGACCGAGAGGUCACUCCCAUAUUCCAUGAUUUCAACAAAGGAAAUGGUAUACUAUUUACCAAUGGUGACUCGUGGAAAGAAAUGAGACGUUUUGCUCUAACUACAUUGAGAGAAUUUGGGAUGGGCAAAAGGAUUAGUGAAGACAAGAUCAUUGAGGAAUGUCGCUACCUGAUUGAAGAAUUUAAGAAACUUAAAGGUAAAGCCUUCAACAACGCCCAGACAAUUAAUAACGCAACUUCAAAUAUUAUAUCAGCUAUCAUGUUUGGAAAGCGGUUUAAAUACGAAGACCCCGUCUUCCAAGCUAUGGUGGAGAGAGACAACAAGACCAUCCACCUGACUGGAUCAGCACCCAUCCUGAUGUACAACAUGUUUCCUUGGCUAGGCCCUUUUCUUAAAAACUGGAGGGAUGUGAUUAAGAAUGUGGAGGCCAACAGGGAGGACAUAAAAAGCUUUAUAGCUGACCUAAAGGAGACUCUGAACCCUGAGAUGUGCAGAUGCUUUGUUGAUGCAUUCCUGAGACAUAAGCUAAAUGUGGAGAAGUCUGAAAUCAAGAAUUCACACUAUCAUGAUGACAACCUGGUCAACAGUGUAAUGAAUCUGUUUGCAGCUGGGACUGAUACUACAGGAAAUACACUUCAGUGGGGUUUACUUUUCAUGGCCAAGUACCCUCAUGUCCAAGACCAGGUACAGGCAGAGCUGAGCAGGGUGGUCGGUAGCCGACAGGUCAGAAUAGAGGACAGGAAGAACCUGCCCUACACUGAUGCUGUCAUCCAUGAGACACAGAGACUGGCCAACAUUGCCCCCAUAGCCAUUCCUCACAAAACCAGCCGUGAUGUCACCUUCCAGGGCUACUUUAUCAAAAAGGGGACUACUGUGUUUCCUCUUCUUACUUCUGUUCUGCAUGAUGAGAAUGAGUGGGAGACCCCACACACCUUCAACCCUUCCCACUUCCUGGAUAAGGAGGUUAAAUUUGUCAGGAGAGACGCCUUCAUGCCCUUUUCUGCAGGUCGCAGGGUGUGUCUUGGGGAAAGUCUGGCUAGGAUGGAGCUCUUCCUCUUCUUCACCGCCCUCCUCCAGCACUUUCGUUUCAUUCCUCCACCUGGAGUUACAGAGGAAGAGCUGGAUCUGACACCAGCUGUGGGCUUCACCCUCGCCCCUUCACCUCAUGAGCUGUGUGCCGUCAGUCGCCAAUGAGGAGCAUGGCAUUAUAACCUCAUGAGCAGAUUUCAUGAAUAUUGUUUUAUAAACCUUCACCCAGAGCAGGCUGAUAUCAUUUACUGUUUGUAUUUAAAAUAUAACCAACAUAACUGUUAGCCAGGACGUAGCUGCCUCUCAGGAUUUAGUUAGGUGGCGUAGAAGUACAGAGUGACAAAGUCCACACAGGGAAGAGGUUCGGGUGGAUGGAUGGGUCAAACAAACAGUUUCACCCAUCAGACUUGCUUGUGUACCAUGUAAAAGCAAGAGUUAAUGCAGACUUAGGCUACAUCCACACUAUUAGGUUUUUAUUUGUUAG